AUGGUCGGCUGUUUCCAUGAGUUUUGUGAAGGACCCAGUCCUUUGAGAUUGGAAAAACGACUGCCAGCUUUACCCGUUGAAUAUCUGUGGCAAAUCCAGGAAAACUUCGAAUACUUGAUCUCAAGUAAAAAAUCAACGAGCAGGAGAAGGAGAAAGAACCAAAGUAACUACAUAGCAAAUCCUCAAUUUCUCCAAUUAGCUCCUCCAUAUCAUCACAUACCCAACACCCCAUACUUCCGGAGAGCUUACAUAGUUCCUCCACCGAUUGUUAAUACGGAAGGCUUGUCUUCUUUACAAAGAAUUAUCAAUCGUUAUCUUUUGAGUAUGAAAAUAAUAGGAGGAUAUUGGAAGGAGGCAGUGUCGUUGUUACCUUGUUUCUCUGAUAGUAAUAUACGAGGGGCGACGAUUAAUGUGGAAAUACGGGAUCUUGGGACAGGUGACAGUGGAAAAGUUCAAUUGGAUUAUGAUCCAUGGGCCAGUUCAUUUGAUAUCAUACCUCUCCAACCAUUUUUCAAUUCUGAAUCCAGUGAAAUUCCUUUUGUGACAGUAGCUUUAGGAACAGUUACAUAUUCUGAAAUCGAAGUGAAUGUCACCUGUAUCUCUAGAAAACCAGCUUUCAAGCCGUACUCCAUAACAAAAACACUUGGAGCUUACUUUGAGAUUCCCCUAGAGAAAGGGAAAUCUGAUUGCAAUGUGUUGCUUAUUGAGGCGAAGCGAGUUCUAUCUGAUGGCCUUAAAUCUCGCAGCAAAACGUUGGUCAUACCUUUCUUGAGAGCUGCUUCCUCAUACAAACCAUCAUGGAUUCAAAUCCAGGAGCCGAGAGGGUUCUAUAAAGUGGGAGAGAAAGUGGAUGUUCGAAUAAAUAAGGGUAAAGUGAAUGUUCCCAGAAAUUACAUGGUAUUAUGUAAUUCUUUUGACAUAAUUAGUGUUGGCAAAAUACGAGAUGAUAAUACUCUGAAGAUUCCUGUAACUGCAAAUAUGCUCGGAGAAUGUUACAUCUUUGUUUAUUCCAACAAAUCGCCUUAUACGGUGGAUAUGAUGCUAUUUUUCGUUGACGAAAUAUGCGAAGCUAGCACAACCUCUUCUAAACUAGAAUUGAAGCCAGGCCACAAUGUUACUUUCGGAAUGAACGGCAAACCCAAUUCUUUGGUUUUGCUUCGAGCCAUUAACGAUCAGCUUAACUUCUUGAAAAAAAACAGCGAAGAAAAACGGUAUAAGAGCUGGGACUUUGGCUUCUUCCAAAGCGCCGAUCCCAACCAUCAACAGUCUCGUUUGAGAAACUUUGUAGAUCUUAAGAGCAUUGAGAGAGAGACUGAGAAAAAUUGUCAUAAAGCAGGAAGCUUAUACAGUGAUAUGUUCGGGAAAUGUCCAAUUGCGAAAGCUAGCAACUCGAUGAUUUCUGAUUUCUGUUUGAAGAAGAUGAUCGAGCACUGUCUGAACCCUGUUUCAAAUACCAAAACAACUGCUUACUCGUGCGCAACCUCUGAAUGUGCUGCUAAGAGCCGAAUCGAAAAUAUUAAAGCUGCUAGUUUUCUCGGAGCAAGAACAGCAAACUAUAUGGAGCAAACAGAACCAAUCUUCGAUGAGCCGGUAUUACAACCGGAUGAUGAUGGAUCUCCGAUUCGUCAGCGUUUCCAUGAAGUAUGGCUCUUCGACGUGGUUAAAUUAGAUGAUUCCGGUUUUAUGACGACAACCGUCACUGCUCCUGAUAAUAUAGGUCGAUGGGCUGUAGCCUCUGCCUAUUGGGCUCCCGGUCACCCAAACUUGUGCAAUGCUAAAACAAUAGAAAUUGUGUCGAAAAAGAACUAUUUUCUGGAAGUUGACAUACCACGUCAUGCUUACAGCAAUGAGUCUGUGUCUGUGAAAGUUUCAGUGACAGCUCUUCAACCACAAACAGAAAAGAAGCUCUCAAUCUGCAUGUCUGAUUUAUCACGCAAGAUUUGUGCUGAUGUUGGAGCGAACGGUCGUACCGGAGAAUCAAUUUAUUCGAGAGUGAUUGUGUCUCCAAACGCACCGAUUGUCACGAAGACGUUCACGAUGAAGUUCUUAGGAGAUGGGGUCAUGAAUAUUUUGUUCCAACUUCGAGAACAGAAAGAGUAUCCGGGAAAGAAACACUGUGACAUCGGCCAAGUGUAUGAUUCAGUAAGAAUCAAAACAAAAGUUUCGCGAAGAGUUGAAGCGGAGGAAAUGUACAAAGUCUUGAUUGUUGAUCCUGAUAAACCACUUCAUAAAAAUGAUUUCCCAAGAACUACCGUAUGUAAGGACGAACGUAUGUACAACUACUACAACUUGCCUCUCGAUAACCCUGUUAUUUCCAAAUCAAUCGAAAUAAGUGAAUGCCGAGGUGCUGAUGGUGCACUACACACGGAAGUUUUCACCAAUGUUUUGGAUGCCGACGUUGUCCAGAUCUUCACAGUUGACAUUCACAGAUUUCUGCCAAACAAAGAGAAGUACAGCUUUGCUCAGCGUAGAGUCAAAAGAAACCAUGUUGAUGUUCGGCGUUUAUCUUUGAACGAAGUUCUGAUAAGACUAUCUGUGGAGUUGUAUCACUUCAAAAGUUUGAGAACAGAAGAGAACACUAAACCGGAAACGAUUGAACGAUCUGAGAAAAAAAUUGGAUCUCUUAUUUCUGAGAUGCUGCUUUUCUCUGAUUGUCAUGUGGGAGAUAGUAUGUGCGGGUUUUCAGAAUAUGAAGAACCAACACAGGAGAGUCAACGUGAUCCUCUUCUGACAGCUAUAUCAGCAUCUCUGAUUUGUCAAGGAGCCAUUAAUAAUGAAAAGGCUUGUGGUCCUGUGAAGUUUAUUGAAAACCUGUUGUUAGAAAACCGACGACUUGAGGAUAUAGAUAUAUCCCAUUUGAUUGAUUUGGAUAAUCCCAUUGAUCGUCGAUGGUUCUUGAUUUCCAUGUUCCUCCAAGUACUUGAGGAUUGUUUAGCGUUGCAAUGUCCAAGAAACCAAUCUGCUUGGUCAAAACUAUUUUUCGACUUCGACAAUUUGGAUGAUAAUUUCAACUUCGAUGAUCGAACGUUAGCCGCUCUGGCAUUCUUGAGCCCGAAAGGCAUAACGGAGUUGAUGAGAAUCAAGAUGAUGGGUAGAAGAAAAAAUGCUAUUCCGUUCUGGUCUGCUGGCAAAGACAACAUUAAAAUUCUAUCGCACCGUAUGAGCACUUUCGAUAAGCACUCCGCUGUCAGGAAGCUGAGAACGGGUGACGUCCUUGCAAAUUCAUUGGGCAUCUUAUCAUUUAUCGUUCCUGCAGCUGAAAGCGAACAAUUGAAUUGGGAUAGUCUUGCUAGUUGGUUAUAUGAACAACAGCAAGAAGAUGGAGGAUUCCGUGGAGUUUUGGAUACUUUCUAUGCUACAAGAGCUAUCUAUGAAUACAGAUAUAGAAAAGUGAAUGAGAACAGUGAAAUGCAAUUGAAAGUAGUCUGUGAAAACGGACCGUCCUAUGAAGUCAAUGUUACCAGCACAGCUUCUGAAUUCUACUUUCCAACGAACGUUCGCAAUUUCACUAUAAUUACAAGGGGUCACGGAAAACUCAGAGUAGGAAUUCAUAUGUUGGCCAGCAAGAAACAACGUUCACGCAGAGGCUUAACCCAGGAUAAUUAUUACCCUGUUCGUUUCUCAAUUGAUCAAGAAGUUAUUGCAAAUGGAGUGUUGAAGCAGACAGUUUGUUUCACUAUUCGCUCAGCAAUCAUGACAGACUUAGAGAUUACUCAUGGUAUAUACACAGGUUAUUCUUUGAAACCUAGCAAUGUGGUUUUGCAUCAAAACUCGAGCUUUGCAAGCUUCCGUACUUAUCCCAGUGUUUCUUCCUAUGCUGCUCAUUUCGUGCUUCAAGGUUUGAAAUCAACCAUACCCACUUGCUAUGAAGUUGGUUUGGCGGAACCCAAUUACCAUCACGAACCUCUGUAUCUCGCACCUGUGGCUCUACAAGCCAAGCAUGUUUUUGAAGGACUUGUCGGUAUGGCUCUCAUAACCCAUCCAGAUCAACUACCACGCUUCCGACGAGGUUCUCAGCCAAUCAUUGUGAGAUCAAUGAACUCAUUGAAAAGGAGUCGACGUGACAUAAUAAAUGAUUCAGUGGAUACUGUCUGCUUCAAAGGAGGAACCUGCGCAUGUGCCGAAACAACCUGCUCUGUGAAUUGUGGGCUUUGUGAACUAGAUACUACUGAAGAUUUGGAAGAAAUUCUGAAAGACGAGGAUAAAUAUGUUGCUCUCGGAGAAGCAGUGCAUAAAUACGAAAUAACCAGUGGUGAUGAUGUUUAUACAGUAAUUCGCUUGGAAAUAAAAUUUAAGACAGGAUAUAGAGAACAUCUGCUAUCCAAUUUCUUGAAUGUAUGGAUACGGAAAUGCAGCUACUACAAAUGUGUACCGGAUAACGACAUUAAGAAAUCAAAAUUCUACGUAAUUGGUGACGUAGAGGGGAUCUCUGUGGAUUCGGAUGCAGAGUGA